AUGACGGAUAUAGAUAAAUGGAUAGAAGUUGCAAAGAGAUGCAAAUACCUCCCGGAAGAUGACCUACGGGAACUGUGCAAUAUAGUUUGUGAUUUGUUACUUGAAGAACCUAAUGUUCAGCCGGUACAGACACCUGUGACGGUUUGUGGUGAUAUUCAUGGACAGUUCUAUGAUUUAGAGGAGCUUUUUCACAUAGGUGGUCAAGUGCCAUAUACAAAAUACAUAUUUAUGGGAGAUUAUGUGGAUCGAGGAUAUUAUAGUUUAGAAACACUAACCUUGCUCAUGGCCUUGAAAGCUAGAUAUCCAGAUAGGAUAAUCUUAUUAAGGGGUAAUCAUGAAACAUGUCAAAUAACUAAGGUUUAUGGAUUUUAUGAUGAAUGUCUCAAUAAAUAUGGAAAUGCAAAUGCAUGGAAAGACUGUUGCAGAGUUUUUGAUUUGCUCACUGUUGCUGCAUUAAUUGAUGAAACCGUCCUAUGUGUGCACGGUGGUCUAUCACCAGAAAUAUCUAUGAUUGAUCAAAUAAGAUGCAUUGAUAGAAAUCAACAAAUUCCACACAAAGGUGCAUUCUGUGAUUUGUUGUGGUCAGAUCCUGCUGAUGUGAAAAUGUGGUCAGUAAGUCCUCGUGGAGCUGGAUGGUUGUUUGGCUGUCAGGUUACAGAACUCUUCAUGAAUUACAAUGAUUUAACUCUUAUAUGCAGGGCACAUCAAUUAGUGAAUGAUGGUUAUAAAUACAUGUUUGACAAAAGAUUAGUAACAGUCUGGUCGGCGCCUAACUACUGUUACCGAUGUGGUAAUGUUGCCUCAAUCUUGGAAUUCAACACUGUUCAUGAUAGAACAGCAAGGUUAUUCCAAGCAGUGCCUGACACCGAACGAGAAGUUCCUCCACAGCAUACUACUCCAUAUUUCCUUUGAGCUGAGAUUAUGUGAUCAAAGUAUUCCAUAAGUGUAAAGUUUUGUAUUAAUAAAUGUUGCAUCUAUUACAAUUUUUUUGUUUAUUGACCCACUUUUAUGUUCUUUAUUAUGAGAUCUGUUCUUUUUGACAUAUUACUAUAAUUUUUUUAAAUCUUCAUUAUUUAUACCUUCGUUUUUUAUAUUUAUAUAUUUAAUUUUACCUUUUAUUAUUAAAUAUGUACCAUCAUGAAAUAGUCUGUUGAAAAUGAAUAAUGGGAUUAACAGAAUAUAUUACAAACUAGCUUUCUGCUGCAUUACAUAUCACAUGGGUGGAAGAGAUCCAUGCUCAGCAGUGGAAUGAAAGGCAUCCCAGUUUUUUAAAGGUUAAACUAUUUCCAUACAAUGUUUCAAUAUAUAUGCAGUGAAAAUCCUUUCAAUAGAUUCAGAAAUAUGUGACAAAUGUGGGUGAACAGACAAAUGGUGACCAAUUCUAAAAAUGUCCAGUUUAUGUUCUAUUACUGUUCUUUAAUUAUUAUUUUUCUACUUAUAUAAAAUUUCCUAAAUGUAUAGACGUACUGAAUUAAUUGUUUUAUUAUAUAUGUAGAUUGAUAA